CACACAGAGAGAGAGCGAGAGAGAGAGAGAGAGAGAGAGAGAGAAAAGGAAAGAGAGAAAGGCUGCUUCAGGGAGCUGGCAGCUUGCAGCAAAGUCCAUGGCCACUGCUGCUGCCGGUACUAUGGAAACUAAUCCUCUGACCAAUGGAGAUAACGAAGGCAGCUAUGAGGCAGGUCUCUGAGAGACAUGACUGGCUGCUUGGAGGACUGCGGUCUUCUUCUGUGGACCUGGACCCAGUGCUGUUGACGGAGACAUGGGAGUCUUCCCACCCAAGAGACGACCCGGCCUACCACUCUGAAGGGGACCCAGGCCUUGCCCUCCUGGCCAGCUGGACCCAGGUCCGGGCCCAGCACCGCAAAGCACUGUGGUAUACGACUGACGCCAUGAGGGGCCUGGAGGCCGAAGGGGUCAGCGGCACGCCGCCAAAUGUACCGACCGAGGCAGAGAGCCGGGAACGCGUCGAGCCGGGGCCGGACGGAAGCCGCUGCGAUGGUGGGAACGAGCCGCAGUUGCCCACCACACAGCACCAAACGCAAACACCUGGACAGACAGGGAAGAGAUCAAAGUCUAACGCUAAGUUAAAGUUAGUUCGGAGCCUGGCUGUUUGUGAAGAGUCUUCCCCUUCGACAUUUACUGAACUGGCACGAGAACCCCAGAUCCCGAUUCAGCUGUCGCAACCAAUCACCAAAGAAGAGCCGCCCAUCGAGCAUGAGGAAGAGAAAGGGAAGGCUGUGGACAAACCGGAGAAGUCCGAGAGGAUUCCUCGGAAAAUGCUGUCGAGAGAUUCCAGUCAGGAAUACACCGACUCUACAGGAAUUGAUCUCCAUGAGUUCUUGGUAAACACACUGAAAAACAACCCCAGGGACAGAAUGAUAUUACUGAAGCUGGAACAGGAUAUUCUUGAUUUUAUCAGGAAUAACGAAAUCCAGAGGAGAAAGUUCCCUCCCAUGACUUCUUACCACAGAAUGCUGUUACACCGAGUGGCCGCGUACUUUGGGCUGGACCACAACGUGGACCAAUCCGGCAAAUAUGUCAUCAUCAAGAGAACCAGCAGCACCAGGAUACCAGACCAGAAGUUUUCGGAACACAUCAAAGACGACAAAAUGGCCGACUUCCAGAAGCGCUACAUCCUGAAGAGGGACAACUCCAGCACGGACAAAGACGACAGUUUGGAUAUCUGUGACGUCGCCGAUGUGGGCACGUUUCGGCCGGUGUUGCAAAUUCGGAUGAGGCUGAAGGAAGAUCGAAGAAGCAAGUCUAUCGAGGAGCGGGAAGAGGAGUACCAGCGUGCCAGAGAGAGGAUAUUCGCUCAAGAUUGCCCGGAAAAUUUCCCGUUGGAUAAGAGGAUCCAGGAAAAUGGCACUUUUAACAGCACGCAAAGGCGAAGGCAGGUAUUCAGGUUGAGGAAUGGCUGGUCGGCGAACCAGAGCAGUUCGGAGAACGAGGCCGCGUGCUCUGAGCCCCGGCCCUGGAGCAGCACCGACUCGGACAGCUCCUACAGGAACCUCCGGCCCGCCCUGACCAAGGCCAGCAGCUUCAGUGGCAUCUCGCUCCUGGUGCGAGGAGACAGCUCCUGCAGCAGCAGGGGCAUGGGCAGGCUGUCCAAGACAGGUUCUGAGUCAUCUAGUAGUGUGGGGUCCUCCAUGGGCUCCCUCCCUCGUUCCCAGCAGCCCCUCCCUGCCCUGACUGUAAUGCAGCCUGGUCAUGCUGCCCCGGCGGUGACCUGCCCAGUCAUCCGCACUAGCUGCCCCGUGCCCUACGAGGGGGUGACGGGCAGUCCUGCAGCUUCCACGGCUAACGCUAGCUACUGCUUUCUUCCCCUGGAAGCUGUGGGGAUACCCCCUGGCAGCAUUCUGCUCAAUCCUCAAACAGGCCAACCCUUGGUGAACCCAGACGGUAGCACUAUGGUCUACAACCCCACCGUGGCUCAACAGCAGGGCGGAACCCAACCACCUCUGCCUCCUUCUCCUCUUCCUCCUCCCCCUCCAGCCCCCCACCCGCUCCAGCCAGCCAAUCACAUCGUCUCUCAGCCGGUUCGAUCCUUGCAGCCCCCUGCACAGCCUGUCCAGUACUCAGCCAUAUCUUACCCGCCUCAGCUGCUACCUGUCUCGCCUAACCACCAGUACACUGUGCAGGACAGCCUGGGCGCCCAGUUCAGUCACAUGACCCUGGCCCAGCAGCCAUCCUGCGAUGGACCCAGCGGACACACUGCCGUGUACCCCCCCGCAGUGCUGCUCCACCCCCACCAGCACACCGCCUAUGUGCUGGCCCCCCCGGGCCAGCCCCUCCCUCCCCCCGCCUACUCCACCUCGGCCCCGCCCGUCAGCCAGCCAGUCGCGCCGCAGCAGGGCUUGGUGCAGCAGCCAAUCCAGCAGAUGCCUCCAUGCUACUGCGCCUCCUAUCAGUACCGUCCCGUCACCCCAGUGCACUACAGCGGCACCCAAAGCCAGCAGCCCAUGUCCCACCCCACCCAGCAGUCAGGUUAUCAGACUGUAAUGCCAAACCAGCUGCAGACCUAUCAAGGCAUGGUUGGAGUACAGCCGGCCCCCACUCCGAACGUGAUGGUCCAGUACCCCUCCGUGCCAUCCUAUCAGCAGGUGCCCAUGUCCCAUGGGUCCCAGGGAGUGGCCCAACAGACGUCCCAGCAGCCAAUAGUCUUCCCAAACCAGUGCAACCAGGGGUCUAUAUCCACCCCUGGCAUGCAGGUGUGCUAUGGUGUCAUCCCAGCCGGUCAACAGAAGACCGUGAGCUCCUCGGUAGGAUUUUGGCCCUCCCCAGGGACGGAGCAGAUGCCGUUCCCUCGGACCCCUCCCUCCCCCUGCAGCUCGCUGCAGUUUCCCGGGCAGCAGUGUGCAGGCGGCCCCCCUCCCCCGGCCGGCGGGAUGGUCAUGAUGCAGCUGACGUUACCUUCCAACCCUCAGACCCCGGCGCUCUCGCCCCCUCAGUGGAAACGGCAUAAACACUACAGCCUGGACCAUCAGAGGGGGGCCAAAUUUACAGAGCCCCCUGUGCUCGACACAUCACAGAGCAGUUUGCAGCUGGGCACCCCUGUCAUGUCCCCCACCCAGCUGCUCGCCCCGGCCCAUCUGACCAACAUGACGAACGUCCGUCCCGGCCUCACCCCCGUCUCCAUCCUCCCGCAGUGCCCCAGAACCUUCGUCCCUGGACAAGGAGAAACACUGUACCAUUUGUUGGGGCAACCCCUUCAGUAUACCCCUUCCAUCCACCCCCAAGUAUUCCACGGCCCCCACAUUGUCCAAAAUCACCGGAUAACAGAGGAGUCCUGUAAGUGACUGAUUUGCUGGUGGGGGGGUCAGCCGUAUGGAGGCGGAUGCUCUGCCUGGGGACUGUGCAAGCUUGGCAGCCGCAGUAAGCCACAGCUGCCCCACCUUGCCUGUUGGGGUCAGGGGCAAUGGGGCCAACACCGGCUGCUCAAAGCCCCCGCCAUACCCGGCCUCCUUUCCCCUCCUCAAACGCAGUGGCUCCCCCACCUCCAUCGGACUCAGAGCUAGUAAGUUGCUACGAUUUUCACAGGAGAGGGCCAGCUCCCAGUAGGGGGCACCACUGGGCAGCACGGGACCUGCAGCCUGGCCUUUGGCUAGCAGCGCCACGUCACCAAAACCACCACCGCUACCAGUACCGGUCACAUUCACUCCCCACUUCCUCUUUCUCACUGGUUUUACUGAUUUAUUUAAUGGGUUUUCACUUAAGUUGUAAAGACUUUGAGCUUGUGUUGUCUUGCUGAUGUUCUAGCGAUUUAAAAAAUGAAAGUAGUAAAAUUUUAAAACCCAAAAACAAAUGCAAAGUUCCAAUCAAAAACACCAGCAUCCGAGUUCCCUGGAACAUUACAGAAGGCCAAUAUAGUUUUUAUUGUUCUGUUUUACAUGUCAAAAAUAUUGCCAGACCCUAAACUUGGUUGUACAGCUGAACUGUUUUCCCCCCAAUUUCUUGGUUUCUGGCUUGGAAUGCACCAAAUGAGAUCCAAAUUGCUGGUGUUGGGCAUCCAGCCAGCCACUUAGAAUUAAUGUGGAUGGCUCGGCGGUGGAACUGUUUCCAAAAUCCCAAAGGACCGCCCAGGUGACCCCUGUAACAAUGAGAAUGCAAACCCUGCCACAAACACUUAACACAUCAGCAAAAUCAUCAAAUCGGCUCUCACUGUGAAUGUAAUGCUUGUAAAAGAAGGCGUCCUUAAGAAUUUGUGUUUUUGAUCCAAUUUUCCUGAUUUGAACUUUGAAAAUCAGCAUAUCUCCUUGAUAGUAUUUUUAGCCAAUCUCAGAAGUCUCCCUAACGUCCAGUUCUUUUUACAGCUUUCUUCUCAAGGCCCGUCAUUCUAAUUAUUUUUUAUUAAUAAAUAAUUUUACAACCAUACCCUGUUUAAAGGGAGCUAGACAAAGUCUGUUUGAAUACUGAAUACUGAUUGUUUCUUGACCAUCUCCCACAAGGCUGUACAAUGUUUGCUGGCACAAGUAUGUUUUACUUGCAAAACUAAUAAAUGUCUACACAAAAUGAUGUGCUUUGGCCAUAUUUGGAGGUUUAUUCCCCCUCCGGGGAAAACACUUAAGAUUGUCACCUGUUCUGCACAUGUCUGACACCUAUGGAAAACUGUUUGUGAUGUCAUACUGACAAUUAAAAUAUUUUUUAAAGAAAA